AGAAGUUGCUUUACUAUGAGCGACCUAAUUUCCCAGAGUCUCAGAUUGCUGCCGGAUACCGCACCGCUGACAAAUCGUACAGCGAUAGCGGUCCAUUUGUGCAUCCUAGAGAGCGGAUAUUGUCCAGCGGAGCCUCGAGUUGAACGGCAAGCGUCUGGCGAGAUCGCGAUGUCGAUCGUUCCUAUGGAGUGGCUGCGGGAGGGAGUUCAAGUCUUCUCGGGUCGAUACUGCCGCCGGGGUGGAAUCGGCCGAGAAUUGGAAGUGAAAAUGGUGCCGACCAGUUCGGGUAAAGUGAGUGUGCAUGCGUGCAAAAUUGCGGCUGGGGACGAGAAGGAAGCACUCAGUGGGGCAGAGGUCGAUGCUGUUGAUAUGAAUAAUUUAAACUCAUUGCGAGAGAAGGUCGUUGAUAUGCUCACCAAGUUGGAGCCACGGACGCUGACCUCGGUGGAGACUAGGAGGGAUGAGGCAGGCGAGGAGACGCGAGAUCGUCGUACGAAUCAUGAAGGAGAGAAUCCCUACACUUACACCAGCCCGCCUAAUAUCAUAAGAGACCCUACCACGGGGGUAGGAGGUGCUGGAGGCCUCCUUGUAGGUCCGAGGGAUCCGAUGUUCACGGGUGGAGUGCCACAGAAUGGUCCGGGCAGUCUGCAACCGCGAUGGGAUCCUAUGGGCCCUGCUGGAUUCGACGGAGAACCCGACUAUGACCACGAGGUGCCACCGCGGUUCAACAGACCUCCACCUCCUGGUAAAGGGUUUGGAGGGCCCAGAGGCGGAGGCUUCGGUGGCUCUGGCUCCUUUGGUGGUGGAUUUAUGUGAUUGCCAUUUUUCACUCGAUAUAGUGGAUAUAACAGUUUCAUU